GGUGUUAUAGAGGCUACACAAAAUGAAAAGCAAAGUCCAGAAGGGAUUAAAGUAGGCCUAAUACAGGACCAACCCUUAGAAUCARUAGAGGCACCAAGUGUUCUUGUGGCAGAUCAGGAGAUGGAAGAAUCUGUCAUACAAGAACCAAACAACGCUCCUGAAGAGGCUCACAAAACAAACUUUGAGAUGARGGAUUCAAGUCCACACGUCAGUUCGCCCAACAGGCGAAGAAAAAUGGGCUCCACUCGCAGAAACCUUGGAUCACGACACAAACUGGAAAACUCACAUCAAAAGCAGGAGGAGGAUAAAGAGGAUUUUAAUGUUGAAAGUGUCUCAGUAAUCGUUGAAAAAGAGCCACCGAUUAUCGAUCAGCAGGAAAACAGUGACUCUGAGCAAAGGGAAGAGAAGAUGUUUGAAACAGUGGAAUUGAGUCACACUGGUGAAUUUCAGUUGAAACCUCUAGCUCAGCAAACAGUCGAAGAAAAUCCUGAUUCUCUCAGCCAGCAAGCAGAAACAGAGCAUCAUCUAACUCCAGAUUACCUCCCUGCAAAACUGUCCCCUCCUCAUAAACAAGAUGUUAUGUCAGAAUCAGCAGCUGGAGGCAGAAGAAGAAAGAUGGGGUCUCACCGGAAGUCACAUGGACAUCAAAAGAAUGAAGACAGAAUGAUCAGUGCACAAAAAGAGAGAGACGUGAGAAGUCUGACUGAUGAAAGUGUCAACAAGACAAGUCAAGAAGAAAGAGAAGAGUCUUUGGGCCUGAACGAAAAAUCAGAGGUUGAAGAAAGUGUCAAAACAUUAUCAUCCAACAUCAGCGUCUCAAACGCACCAGAGCUCUCAAGGCCGUUGAGUGGGAAGGCACCUGAGAGAGAGAAACCAGUUCAACAGCACUAUACUGAAUUCCCCCCGAGACAAGAGGGGCAAAAUACGUUUUCUUUGGCAGGUGAUUCCAGAGGAGCAGACAUCAGAUCGAAAAGUUAUAAUGUGCUGCUGGUUGGCAACAGCAGCGUAGGCAAGACCUCCCUCAUGAAAAGAGCCCGCAGUGGGAAGUUUUCUUACGAUGUACCCGCCUCUGUCGGCCUAGAUUACUGCAUGUGGACUGUGGUUGUGGAUGGAAAGCCUGUGGUGCUGCAGUUAUGGGACACAGCGGGUCAGGAGAGGUUUCACAGCAUCACCAGGCAGGUUUUUCAUAAAGCGCAGGCGUUUCUCUUGAUGUACGACAUCACGUCUUCUCAGAGCUUCUCUGCCAUCAGCUACUGGGCAAACUGCAUCCAGGAAGGUGCAACAGGAGACGUGACCAUUUUACUUCUUGGGAAUAAGAGUGAUUGUGGAGAGCGGAAGGUUAAAACUGAGGAGGGAGAAAUCCUCGCUAAGGAGUACAACUUUGAAUUCAUGGAGUGUAGCGCUGCCACAGGUGAAAAUGUGAUUCACUCUUUGGAAACUGUCGCCAGGAUGUUGAGUGAAAAACAUGACACAAGUGAGCAAACCGUGGAGUUACACAUUAAGCCCCCGCAGAGAACAAGAUCAGGAUGUUGCUGAACUUGUGACGGUGGUGAAACUCUGGUGGGGGGUUCUGAAAUUGCUUGUGUACUUACUGGACAUCUUUAUGUUUGUACUUUACACCUAGUGCAGGUAUUCUCUAAUACCAGGAUUCUUACAUGAUGAACAUUGGAUUUUUUAAUCUUUCAAAAUGCUACUUUAUAUCGUUGUUCUCUGUUUCACCAUUUUAGAUUAUUUUACCUUCCAUGAAAUACUUUGCACUACUCUCCUGGUCCAAUUACAUAUUGAUGAUCACAUUAAAUUGAUAUUUUAGGAAUGUCAGAAUGAACAUUUUGAACUCAAGGAUGUAACAAUAUGUUAAAUAGUCUGUGUUUAUAUGUGGAAAAAUAUAGUCUUGUGGUCAUAUCGCACUCUCGAAGUGCUUCACAGUACAGGACACAUUCACUCACACAUUCACACAGACCUACUAUUCACAUUUCACCCAUCAUUCACACACUGUCGGCAGCAGUCAGAGGGGGUUUUCCCCGAGGACACAGAAUGCAGACUGGAGGAGCUGGGGAUUGAACCACCGACGUUAGUUAGUGGUUCUACUUCCUCAUCCACAGCCACCCCAAAAAAAUUCUCUACAUCAUGCAGCUAUUAAGUGUUUAUUCUACACAGUUUGUAUUUUAUGUAAAUUGUUAAUUUUAUUUUCAUGAAACAACAAAGAGUAUUGUACAAACCAGUGUCAGAGGAAAUGUUAAAAUAUGAAAUACUCCAUGCCUGAAAAUCAUUUUUCUUUAGUACACAGUGUUAUUUCUAAACAGUAUUAAGAUGUUAAAGUGUCUACCAUCUGUUCUAAAUGAAUGGUGUUGGACUCAUAAAUUAAUUUCAUGCCUCUAUAAUAAAAGACAGUGGUAAUAAAAUGAUUGACUCUCAGUAUAAAUGUCAAACCGUUUUAUCAUGUUGUGAAACUUAUGUCACUGAACACCUGUCAUCAAGAUGUUCUAAUGUCGCGUGUCAUACUUAAUAAAGCUGCAGAUCUCACGA